UUGCAAGUUUGUCCGACAGUCCGCGAAGGCAGCAGCGUUCCAACCAGCGAGGCAGUUUCUCCCUCCUAUCAGCGCCAUUGUGUGACAGAGUCUCCAGCAGCGAGGACACCUUGUUUUUCCUCUUGUCGAGUGGACUGUUUAAAUACCCCCAUGUUUCUCUUCCAAACUCCGACGGACCCGAAUCUGGAGGAGAGGGGUCGCAGUGUUUUGUAACAUGCACCACAACACGGCAGCCUGCAAGAAAUGACUGGAGCUCCCUCUUCACUGACUGGCUGAUUCUCAAGGGUCGUAUAGGUCGUGUGAGUGGUGUUAGGUCCGUCUGGAGGAGAAUCCCACCAGUCCACUGAGUCGGUUUGGGAGGUGUGUGUCUGAUGACAACUUAAAGAAUUGGAGGUGCUGCAAGAGAGCUGUUGGCGUGCAUGUCUUCAUGCUUCUCAUGUCCCAUAAGAGAGAUUUAUGUUCAGUAAAGGUGCCAAGCGAAAACUGGAUGAGGAUGAAGAGGUGCUGGAAGGCAAAACGCUGGAGGCAUCGCCGCCACUGCCGGCGGCGGGAGGAGGAUGCGGCCUCGGCCACGAGGGCCUGUCCAAGGUGUCGUACACCCUUCAGAGGCAGACCAUCUUCAACAUCUCACUCAUGAAGCUGUACAGCCAGCGGCCGCUGAGAGAGCCCAGCCUGGAGCGGCGCGUCCUCAUCAACAACAUGCUGCGGCGCAUCCAGGACGAACUCAAGCAAGAAGGCUCCUUACGACCGUUGCUCCUGCCGCCGUCGCCGCCGCCCGACGACCCGAUGGACGAGGGCUACCGUGAGGCCCCGCCCUCUUUCGGGGUUCUGUCGGCUACGGUGACAGCCCAAGUAUCUCCCCCGCCUUCUGCGCUGUUAAUGCCCGCGAUCAUUCCUCCUCCUUCGCCACACCCGUCGGUGCCUCCCGCCUGCCCGCCUCCGUUGGAUCUCUGCCUCACUCCAGCUUCUUUGCUGGAAGACGACGGUGCCGAUUCCUCCUUUUGUGCGUCGUCUCCGCCCACCCCUCCUCUCUCGCCUCCCCCAUUACUCAGUCAGACGUCCGCCACCAUCUCUCCGUCGCCGCCGCCUCCUGCCCCGUCCGUUGCCGCGGGUGGCAUGGAUUUAUGUCCUCCUACAGCCAUAACUAGGACGGCAGCAUCGAAUUCAAUGACAGUAACUACCUCCCUCUCUCCCGCCGCACUCGCCCAGCCCUCCCACUUAGCUGCAGGCUCGGGCCCAGCAAAAGACUGCCCGACGUCGGUCUCCAAAGCCGAAGCGGCUUGCGUCUCGCUCGCAGAAGGCACCUGUGCCGACGACGUUCGACCGAUGGACGCCCUGCCCGCGGUUACCCCGGGUGACAUUUACGCCUCUCCUUCCCCCCCCUCGACAUCGUCCGGGUUCCUCACCGACCUGGCGCUGGACGACGUCCUCUUCGCCGACAUAGACACGUCCAUGUACGAUUUUGAUCCCUGCAUGACGGCGGGGGCGGUCAGCGUCACCGCCGGCGCCAGCCUCGCCAAAAUACCGCCGGUGGUGACAGCGGACGACCUCCUCAGAUCGCUGGCGUCUCCGUAUACCGGCCCCGCCCCGCAGGUUUCAACCAAUCAGCCUUUCAAAAUCGAUCUGACAGAACUUGAUCACAUCAUGGAAGUGUUGGUUGGUUCAUGACAGCCAGGUGCCGCCCCUCCCCUGCCUUUUACACACAGACACUUCAAUCCAGACAAGAGAAUGAAAUGAAUAUUUUAGACGGAUCUGGGAUUUGUUUUUGUUGUUUUUACAGAUUGCAAUUGUAAUUUUCAGCUGUCACGCUCUGACAACUGUUCCUACUACUACUACUUCAACACUGUGCAUGGACUGUCCUCACCUUUCCAAACACAGAAAUGAAACUAAUGGGAAGCAAAAGACACAAAUCAGUUUACAUCUCGAUACAGGUGAGGACCUCCGAGGAACUAAUUCCCUAAUAACAACGUUAAUUGGUAACAUUGACCUUAGCCAUAGCCAUUUUUCUCCCCAGUCCUAGGAGGAGCCUCACUGGUACUGGAAUUGUAACUGUGGAGACACACACAACACACGUAACACACACAGACACACGUGCACACUAAAUGCGUGUGUCUUUGAGCAGAUGAGUGCCUUCUAAAAAAUGACCACUUAUUCAAUUCUCGUCCCCCUCCCCUCGUUUCCUCUGAGUUGUUCCUUAGAAUAUUGUUUUAUUUAUAAAAUGUAUUGUUCACUUAUUGAGGGAUGUCCUCAUGAUCAAAUAAUAAUAAUUUCAUUGUCUUUUAAUAGGGUCGCUUUUAUGUUUAAUAUGCAUCUUUUGUCUCACAAGGAAAAAGCCUGAUAUCAUUUUCUGAAACUCUUCAGAGAGGUCAUGUAAUGAUGAUCUUAGUUCAGGUCUGGGUUUACCAACAUGCUGGUGCAAAGCGGUGUGGAAUGCUAUUUUAUACUGGCUUUAAAAAAAAAAAAAAAAACUUUGAACUUUGCAGCAGAAUUCUGAUCCGCUACAGAGUAGAGAUUGUUUUGUUUACAUUUACAAACCGUUGUCGAAUCUUAUGUCAGGCAACCAAAACAGAGUUAUGCACAAGAACUGUAAACAAAUCAGCUAUCACAUUUUGCCAAGCCAAGCCAUGAUGGCACAUGAAUCAUUUCCUUAAAAUUGUAUGAACACACGAGUGUGUUUCUAGAUAUGCCUUCUUUAUUUUUUAUUUUUUGUGUGUGCAACCGAUUCAGUGAGUUGACAAAUGACAGCGCGGCCGGCGUACAGUAUUACACAAAGUCUAUUUAUACAAACGCUUGUGUUGAGAAUAGAAGCCCAUAUUUACAAAAUCUCAGGGUUUUACUCAUGUCAUGAUAGUGUGCAGCAGCAUUUUGAGGUUUACCUCAAACACCCUGAGUCUUUAUAAACAUACACACAAUACUUAGAGGGCAAAAUCUGUCCAGUCAUCAAAGUGAUUGUUGCACAAUCGAGGCUGCAAAAAAACUUUGUAUUAAUGACUAUUUUGCCUGUGUCACAUAUUAAGCCCAAUUGUGCACAAAGUUGUACCGUAUUUCCUUAAAUGGUGGUCCCCACUCUUAAGAAAUUUCUCCCCAAAUUAUUAUCCGUUCCACACGCCCAGGUUCGUCUGUCUACUCAUGUCAUUAUUUGAAUAAUAAGAAAUUGACACUGCCCCCUCCUGCAAUUGAGUUAACCACUAUGUGAGAAAAUACGGUAUUUUCCUGUGUACCAAAAUAUCUAUGUAGCAAAAAAAAAAAAGCAACUCAGUUUAGUCAAUCCCAUAGUCUGUGUUCAUACAUCGGUUUAUUUUAAUCUAUUUUACUCAAGUCUGCUUUGCGUUGAUGUAGUUUUAUCACUGACCAAAAGUUGUCCAGUCUACUACAGUGAAUGCAGUCAUAACGUUUUAAUGUAUUAUGUGACAAUACUUCCAAUUUUCCAACAAAAAAGCUUUUCAAACGGGGCUGCUUGGCUUGUUUCGAAACACAUCAGGGGAUCGUUCGUUUACACAGUCUGAGCAAUUGCACCCGAGUCAGAACAUUUUUUGCAAAUAGGCAGCUACCAAGAUCAUCUUGGUUGUUUUAUUUCUCACCUGACAGGUGGUAAGGUAAGAGACCAGAGACAAGCAGUCCAGUUUCCAAAACAUGAUGUCCACAAUGCAUCUCCAUCCAUUUGUCUUCUUGUACUCAUCCCCUGCUCACCUCUGAAGGAAGUAUUUGUCUGAAAGCAAGCUGCCAUUUUUUUAGCCUUCUGUGGCACUGUCCAAUCUUGUUUGAAUUUUUUUUAGAAUGAACGCCUGUAGACACGCAACACUUAGCGAUUCGGCAAAUGCUCAAUUUCCUUUGUACACGUAAUAAUUCGCUAGUGUACUGCUACAAAACACAUUAAUGAGUGGCGCUUUAAUACUUUUGCCAUUGUGAUGUUUGGUCACCGCACCCAAGCAUGUUGAUCGACAUACAGUAUGAAAAGAAGUUAAGGGAGAUGCCGACACCAACUAUUGUGUUCGUGGUGCCUGCUGGGAACGCCCAUUUUUACUGUGUUAGCCAAAAGCGAAAGGUGUUCAAGUCGCGGACUUUCAAAACCAUCUUGUUUUCUUAAACAACUUCAUCAGGUUUCCUUUUUUUUUUUUUUUUUUGGUGGUGUUUUUUCUCUGUCAAUGAAGUUAUUUAUUCUUUUUUUUCUGCUCUGUGUAAAUAUAUUUAUUUUAAUUUGAAGUGAACCUUUGGAUUGUAAAUAUCGUGUACAGAUUGCGUAGUCAGAAUGUACUCUGCUCCAGAUAGGAUUGUAUCUGAGUGUGGAAUUAGGGUGGAAUUUUUUUUUUUCUUUCCUUUGAAUUGUAUCCAUGGGUCUUUUUUCUUCCUUUUGUAUGUCUUUUAUACUUUUUUUGUUCACUGUUUUCCAAUUGAACUGUUUAUGCAGCAAAAAAACAAAACAAGAACCCAUCUGCAACCUUCAGAUAUCAAGAUUCCAAAGCUUGUCAUGGAUGCCUCAUUGCCAAAAGUUAUGUACAUAGGAUGAACAACAAAUCCUGGGACUUGACGGAUCCGUUUUUCUUAUUGAAUUUCUUCAGCCAGCGCUGUGCAAGCAUGCGACACAGCACUACUUCCUGGGAUAGACCGACCCAAGUCAAGGCUGAGUUCCUCCUAAGGCUGGAUUUCUUUUUCACAGACCUUCGAGUUGUGCCUUGUUCUAUUCAAUGGAACACAAAACACUCUUAUCCGUCUCUUCUCUCUCUGUAAGAGAAAAAAUAUAUAUAUAUAUGAGAUAAAGUGACUGCUGACUAUGAAUUUGAAAGUCUUACUUUUGUAGUUUUAUAAAUAUAAAUAUAUACAUAUAUAUUACACACACACACAAACACAAUAAAGAAUAAAAGAACA